GCUUUCAGCACUUUUCCUUUUGCUUUUCUAUCUGCAACUGCAAACCCUCUCAGUGUCUUUCUCAGUUCCUUUUUACUCUCUCUCUAAAAUGGUAUCAACUUUGUUUCUCGAGGGUAUUUUGGUCAUUCACAACUGCUGAGAGGAGAGCUGUGUGCUGUGCUCUUUUAUAAUCUAGCUUUCCGUUGGUUUGUAGCGGUUUCUGAUGAAGGGAGGCUAGGGUUUAGAGAGGUCUCUUAGAUGGACAGCUCGUGGCAGGUCAAAUGUGGCUCGACAUUUCCAUCGUCUAUGCCGGCCAUGGCUUCAUCGACCUCGCAAGAACCUCGAGAUCAGAUGGAGAUUAAUUCAGGCCACAGUGUUUAUUCACAUGUUGGUCAAGACUGGAGAUCACAAAUUCAUGGAAGGAUGCUAGAUCCUGCAUUUGCCAACAUUUCUAAUUUAAGUUCCUGCAGUAUGAGUAACACUACCGUAGGCAGUUCAUUUCUUGCUCUCCUAUCUGGGCCUGCUGCUCUUUUGCAGUUUGAUUUUCAGGAACUCUCAAAUCCAAGACUAUUAAAUACCUCUAACAAACUGCCUAUUGAAAUUGGUAGUGUAACUAUUAGUCCUGCUGGAAGUCAGGUUCCACAGUCAUCUGGUGCACUGCUAUCAGACGAUGGAAACUAUCAAAACAUGCAAAAUGGAGUUGAUCUUUGUUCAAUUGUUUCAUCAAGGGCAGUGGCCAAUUCAAUUUCUGGUAGUAGUUCCGUAUUUCAAAAUGGACUUCCUGCUGAAAACAUUAGUACUCAUGGCUUAGACCUGCCCAAGACAGUUGUUCAUCAUGCAGAUCUUGGUAACGAGAAAAUUAAAGAUUUUCCUUCUUUGAGAGGUGAAUGGUGUAGCACACCCAUUGCAAAUGCUUUAAAGCUUCAGAGUGUGAACAAUCAAAUACCACAAAAAUUGCCCUUAGAAGCAGAGUACUCUGCUUAUAAUAAGUCAUCUACUUCUUCGAGGGGGUGCCCUCGUGUCUUUUGCUUGGAUAGAAGUGGAGAUCUAUUACUCAGCAAUACAGGACUCCUAGGUAUUCUGUGUUCGUGCCAUUGCUUCCACAUGUCUGUCUCUAAAUUCUGUGAGCACUCAGGAUUAUGGAAUCUUAACCCUGGUGAUGCUGUUCGUAUGGACAGUGGAGAGACAAUUGCUCAGUGGCGUAGGGUCUAUUUCCAGAAAUUUGGGAUUAGGGUUCCAGAAGAUCAGAGUGGGUGGGACUGGCCUGAAGGAUUAUCAUUGACUGCUAGUUUAGUGAAAUCUGGUGUGCCUAUAUCCAACAUGCCUAAGAAUUCUGACUGCAGUAAUCUGGUUGUCCCAUCUGGAGGUUUAGUAAGGUCUGGGCAGCCUUUGGGUGAUGUUUUUCCAAAGAACUUUCUUGCAGAACAGAAUUCAGUUGUUGAUGCUUUAUGUGAUAAACAACAGAGAAAUGGACAGGAUGGUAACCUAUUUUAUCUCAGAGGUUUAGUUGCCACUUCGCAGAACAGUUCUUCUGGUGUGGAGGAUAACCAUGUGACUGAUUGCUUUAUCUCUAGGUGCUCAACAGCGCCAAAGUUUACUGGCAGAGGACCAGAAAAUGUAUGCAAAUCCACGUAUAUUGAUUCUAUUGGGAACAGUGCAAGUUUGGCUACUGCCCACCGUACCCUGCAAAAUCAUAGAAACCUUGUUAAAAACUCUGAUGUUAGCAGCGGUAAAGGUGCAUGGGUUGGUGCUAUCAUGGACAAGGAUGCUUCUUCAAGCAUGGAGUUGAAGCUUGGGCAACCAUAUCAGCAGAAUCAAUCUUCAGGAAAUUCAGUUCUACCGGUAAUAGGACAACAGUUCCACAACACACUUGUCAAUUCACAGAAGCCAUUUCCCCAAGAGCAGAUGAUUCAUAAUGUAACCAGUUUCAGGGGAGAGAAGGAAUCCAGACUAUUUUCUAACCGUGCUAUUGGCCCGUCUAAUUCCACCGCAAGAAGGGAACAAGACCACUUGGGCUAUGGGAGCUGUGUAAUCAAUAAUGCCAUGGAUGGUGGUAAAGUGGAAAAACUUAGAGGCAACAUUGCCAAGACUUCAGGAGUUUCACUAUUUAAACACUACUCUAUCCCUGAGGGAAGCUCAAACUCUAAAGCUACUAAUAAUUUACUCAAUUUGAGGGAGCACGUCAUACCUGAGAUGCAACAUUGUGAAUCUCAUUUUGUUAACUGUGAACCCAUUAUUGUCCCCUGGAAUGGUGGCAAUGGUUUAGAUAAGCAAUAUAUGCUCCCUGAUCUGGGUUGUCUCAAAUCUGCAGACAAGGGUAAAGGGGUGGGAUGUCUUGCUGGUAACUCUUACACUGAAACAGCUUCAGGGUCUAAAAUGCAUAAGUGGAUGGAAAAUCCAAGCUCUUUUACUGGAGCUGUCAGUGGAAAUGGUUGCUCUACUGUUCCAGUGAUGCAUAACAAAAACCGUUACUCACAUCACUUGUCUAAUGUGCCAACAGAUGUAUCUGCUGGAAAAUUUUCCAACUGUCUUGAGAAGGUUCCUUGUUUUGGGAAAAGUGGACAUAUAGAUCAGUUGCUCCUUAGAUCCAGGGGGUCACCCACAGAUUCUAGGCAAAUUUUGUCAUCACGGGCAGUUCCGAUAGGCUCUCCUUCAUCUACUCCAACAUCCAUUCCUGGGCUGACACCAGCCACGUUGAACCAUGAGAGCAUUGGUAUAAGCCCUCAUUUGCUUGAAGAUAAUCUAAGAUUGCUUGCGCUUGGGCAGAUAUUGGAGUUGUCAAAACAACACACAUUGUCUGCCCUUGGAAAGAAUCUAGAACAAGGGAAAUGUAGCAACUCUUCUGUCAAAGUGCAGCAUUCUUUUGUUGAACCAUCAACAUCUGAAGAACAAAGGCAUGUGCCUAACCUUAACAGGAAACAGGAUGUUUCUGAAGUUGCCAUGAAAUCAGACCAAUCUGGUCCUACUAGUAAGAUGGUUAACGAUGUUGAUAAAUUUGCGUCUGUGACAGGCUUGAACAGGUGGUGCAAUUUUUCAACGUUGACACAAGGAUUGCCAUUACAGUGUAAAGAAAUUGGCAAGCAGUGUCAGCUUUCUUACAAUACUCUUCAAAAUGAACAGUCUUCAUUGAGGCUUGGUAAAAGUCAAAACAACAUCACUCUUUCAAAUGAGCAUGAUAACUGCUGUCAGAGAACACUUUAUUUUCAGUACAACUGCGGCUGUGCAGCCCAUACCUGUAUAGGAGGAAAAUGCAAUUUCAGUGGAAAUUCUUCUAAUUCAUUGAGAGAACAAACAGAAAGCUUGAGUUGCAAAACCCCUAUGUUAGUUGCUUCACAGUUUGCUAAAGAUUACAUUGUUCCUAAAGAAAAUUCAAUUUCCUUUGGUCAAUGUGAGACAUUAAAGGGACAGUUAUCUAAGAACAUUAGUUGUAACGCUUCUCAGUGGAAAGAUGUGCCAAGCAAGGUGAAAAGGGUUUGUGAAGUGGCAUCUGUAAGACGACCAAGUGAUGCAUUGGAUGAAAGAGGACCUGAAGAUGGUGCUGCUAAGUGUUCUCAUGGAGCAGUUCACACAGCAGACUCUUCUAAAGAUCAAGAUAUGUCUAAUAUAUCUUCUGGUUGCUCUACCCCUGCUGUUACUCAGGCAUCGAUUGAGGUUACCAAUGUGGAUUCUUCAACUGUUGUUGGAAAUACUGGGUACGUAGACAAUCUUAUAGUUGAUGAAGGAUCUGGCAUUGAUAAAUGCUGGUCAUCUGAUGAUGCCUUUGAAAGUGACAGAAGUACUGAUUUCUAUGGUCAUAAUUGUAAGACAAAUGAGAGAAAAGAAGGAUCUUGUAAGGGUUCUGGCAAUAAAUCAUCUCGUAGUCUUCUUGAUGAGGUUAAGCUCAUGGAUUCACUGACAUGGAAGAAAAGCCAAAGUCAAAAUCACAGUGGCCUUACUGUUUGUGGGAAGACCAAUCCGUCACAUGAGUCUGGGAGGGGCUUGAAAAAUGGGAAGAGAAAGAGAGAAAUGAAAUUGAAGGUAUUGGAUGCAUCAUUGCACACUGCACCUCCUGUAGUGCAAGAUAAAUAUCCUGAGUGUGAUGUUGAUUGGCCUUGUUUAUCCAAUAACAUGCUAAUGAUUUCAUCAGGCCCAGAAUCAUCUCGGACAUGUGGUGCUCACUCUGUUAAAAUUAAUACCAAACAUGGGAACUCUACAUUACCUGUCACUAAAGCACCGUCUCAUAAAAGAGAUCUUCGGAGACUUUACAAUGCAAGAGAUAGGGAAAAUGAUCAUGAUAGGGAAAUGAAUUGUAGUGACAACUCUUGUAAAAUCCUCAAGAUCUCAGACAGAAAGAAAUUCAGAAGCACACAGACUGCUGACAUGUGCAUGCAAUUUCAGAUGCAAGAAUCAACUCCUGCAGUAGGUGAACAAAAUUUAAAGUAUGAGUCGGUAAAUUAUCUGAAGGCAUCUUCAAGUUGGCAGGUGAAUCUCUGUUGCAGGAAGGCUAAGCCUGUUGUAUGUGGGAACUAUGGUGAAAUCGUCAAUGGAAACAUGACUGGAGAUGUGACAAAGUCAUAUAAAAUUGUUUCUCUUGAUAAGAUUCUUAAAACUGCCAGAAGAUGUUCACUACCCAAAAAUUGUAAACCUGGACUAACUUCCUCAAGGGAAUGGAAGAGUGCAAACUUUAGUUGGAGCAAUGCAUGCUUUGAUAAGCUCUCCAAGUUGAAGAAAGAGAAAGAAAAUUGGAGCAAUGAUGAUUUGGAGUCUGAGGAGAUGAAUAUUCACUCCCCUCUGGAAGAAAGGGACGUUGCUUUUGCCAGUGGGGAUGAACAAUCUGCUGAUGAGUUUUCGGUGCUGGAAAAAAGAGAAGAUAAAAGUCGGAAAGUUCAUGUUAUACUGGACAAUGCUAACGGUCAGUCAAAAACAAAGUAUAAGGAAACUCGCAAACGCAGCAUUUAUGAGCUGACAUUAAAAGGAAUGAAUCCCAGUCCUAAAAUGGUUUCCCAGAACAAGAUUUUCAAAUGUAAGCCAAAAAUCAAAUUGCAACAAAUUCUGAAGAAUUCUGAUAAAAAUCACAUUCAUGGAUCACGGAAAGUUGAUGCCAAAAGAUAUGUUAGAGAGCAGAAGCACCUGUCUAUUACAGAUAUAAAUUCACUCUGCUGUGUUUGUGGAAGCUCAAACAAAGAUGAUGUUAAUUGCUUAUUGGAGUGUGGCCGAUGUUCUAUUAGAGUACAUCAGGCUUGCUACGGUGUUUCCAAAGUGCCUAAAGGCCACUGGUAUUGCAGACCUUGCAGGACAAGUUCAAAAAAUAUUGUUUGUGUUCUUUGUGGUUAUGGUGGUGGGGCUAUGACUCGAGCACUCCGCAGUCGUACGAUUGUGAAAAGCCUUUUAAAAGUUUGGAACCUUGACACAGAAUGCAGGCCUAAAAAUGCAAUUUCUUCUGCUGAAACUAUGCAGGAUGGAUUGAACUUGUUUUAUUCUUCAGAAUCUGUACCUGAAAAUAGUUCAUAUCCUGUUUUAAGACCCUUGAAAAUUGAGCCAUCAGCUUCAACCAUUUACAGUAUUGAUGUGCAUAAAAAAUUGGAUAUUUUGCAAAAGUCCUUGUGCUGUAUUAGUGAUCUAAAAGUGCACAACAGUAUUACAGCUGGAGUACUUGAUUCAACUGUUAAGCAGUGGGUUCACAUGGUUUGUGGCCUCUGGACUCCCGGGACAAGAUGCCCAAAUGUGGAUACCAUGAGUGCUUUUGAUGUUUCUGGUGCUUCACACCCUAGAGCAAACGUGGUGUGCUCUAUGUGCAAUCGACCAGGUGGCUCAUGUAUACAGUGCAGGGAUGUGAAUUGCUCUGUUCAGUUUCAUCCUUGGUGUGCUCACCAGAAGGGUCUACUGCAAAGUGAGGCUGAAGGUAUUGAUAAUGAAAAUGUUGGUUUUUAUGGAAGAUGUGUGAUUCAUGCAACAGGCCUGGCAAAUGAAUCUGCCUGUGAUGCUGCCAACAUUGAAGCAGGUUAUACAGGAGAGAAGGAAGCAAGCUGUGCCAGGACUGAGGGCUAUAAGGGCCGCAAGCGGGAUGGCUUCUGGCAUGAUAUUAAUAGUCAAUCAAAUGGAAGGGGAGGAUGCCUUGUUCCUCAGGAGCAGGUAAAUGCUUGGGUUUACAUUAAUGGACAGAAAUCUUGUGCACAGGGACUUUCGAAGCUUCCAAUAUCAGAAAAGGAGUAUGACUGUCGGAAAGAAUAUGCCCGCUACAAACAAGCAAAGGGUUGGAAACAUUUGGUUGUUUACAAGUCUGGCAUACAUGCCCUUGGUCUUUACACAUCUCGGUUCAUUUCACGUGGUGAAAUGGUGGUUGAGUAUGUUGGUGAGAUUGUUGGGCUACGUGUGGCUGAUAAAAGGGAGAAUGAGUAUCAAUCUGGAAAAAAGCUGCAGUACAAGAGUGCUUGUUACUUCUUCAGAAUAGACAAAGAACAUAUUAUUGAUGCAACACGGAAAGGGGGAAUUGCUCGUUUUGUCAAUCAUUCAUGCCUGCCAAACUGCGUUGCCAAAAUUAUUUGUGUGCGGAAUGAAAAGAAGGUCGUUUUUUUCGCUGAGAGGGACAUAUAUCCCGGGGAAGAGAUAACAUACGACUACCAUUUUAACCAUGAAGACGAAGGUAAGAAGAUCCCUUGUUUUUGCAAUUCAAAAAAUUGCAGGCGAUAUUUGAAUUGAUAAUCAUUUCCACUCCUUGUAAAUGCAUCAUUUUUGUAACAUCAACAAUCCAAUUCAGUUAUUUUUUGGCCUCUGUCAAUAUGAAAUAUGAUCAGGACAUUGCUAUGAAAUUUUUCUUGUGUACAUGUAAGUUAAACAGUAACAGACUUCUGAGCUAGCCAAUGUACAGUUUGUCCCAGCCAAACCCUUCUUUUGGAUGUUAAGCCGCUUAUGUUAGUUAUAAGAAUGCUUUAUCACCUA